AUGGAAAUUUUUAAAAUCUCUUUUGGAGUUUACGAAUUUUUUGUGCUAAGUUUAACCUUACUUCUCAUAAGCACAAUUAAUUACUAUCACAAAUAUUAUACAAGAAAGAAUCCACUUCCUGCUCCUUUCCCACUUCCUUUCAUUGGUCAUCUAUUUCAUGGCUCCUUCUAUGGCAAUGACUUUUGUGAAUACCUCCAAUUCAUGCAAUCCAAGUAUGGAGAUAUUUACGAACGUUGGUAUGGGAACAAACGUGUUAUUUUUGUUUCAAAGUUAGAAUAUGUGGAAAAGCUCUUGUCCGCAUCAACCAAAAGUAAAUAUUUGAUAAGAGAUUCAAAUCCUGAAGGCUUAAAAGAUUUAGGAACUUAUGGAGAGGGCAUUCUUUUAAACAAUAAUGUCAAUAAAUGGAAAUACAACAGACAGUUCCUAACCCAAGCAAUAUUAACGUCUAAUUUUUUGAAAGAAUCCGUUGAUCACACGCAAGCAAUAUUUAACGAGAUGGAGGAAUGCUGGAGGAUUGGAUUGAAGGAUAAUACGAUUAUCGAUUUUACCGAAUGGUCACAUAGUCUCACUACGGAUAUAAUCUUCCAAUUGAUUACUGGAAAGAAAAUGUGGACCAUUGUUUCUAAUAUUUUGAACAUCUCAUCUGAACCUAAAUUAAUCGAAUUGCAAAAAUCUAAUGAAAAAAUUAUAAGCGAGUCUUCAGAAAUAUCAAAAGCGUUCCAGAAAUAUAUUAUGGGGUCAAAUUCAUUUUUAUACGUUCCUAGGUGGGUGAGAAAUUUCGUUCCCAGUUUUCGAGCAGCCCAGAGGGAAGUCUUUGAAGCACAGAGUUUUUUAUAUGAAAAAUUAAACGAAAUUAUUCGAGAAAGAAGAAAAGAAAUUGAGAAUACACCAAGAGAUGAAAAAUUGAGAUAUGACAUGCUAACACUAUUGAUUACGGCCAACACGGACAGAAGCAUUUCAGACGUAAAGGAUAACCAAGAAUUCACGAAACCUUUGUCAGAUAAAGACGUACUUUAUCUUAUUAUAGAAGCCUUAGGAGGUGGAAUUGAUACAACUGCAAAUGUAUUUAGCUUUGCUAUUUAUUAUCUCGCUCAUAAUUUAAAUAACAAAAAUCGAAUGAUUCAAGAAAUCGACGAUCUGUUUGGUCAAAACCAAAACAGACCAAUCACAUAUGACGAUUUGUCACAGCUGAUCUACUGCGAAGCCGUGAUCAAGGAAGUGCUACGUAUGAUGACCACAGUGCCAUUUGUAGGCCGCGUCAGCACUGAAACCGAUUCGAUAGAUAAUCUUGAAUGGGAAGCGGGUACAUGCUAUGUGAUUUAUACGCCGGGAAUUCAUCUAAACAAGAACUAUUGGAAUGAACCGGAAAAAUUUGAUGCCGAUAGAUUCAUCGAUGUUGACGAUCAAAAAAAGCACGGAAAAAAUCAUCUGAUUAUGUGGGGUGGUGGAUUAAGGCAGUGUCCCGGUAGAAAACUAGCGAUGAUAGAAUUAAAGUGCAUGUUGGCUUUAAUGUUCAGAAAUUGGGAUGUCGAGUUAGCGGAUAUGAAUUCGCCGGUAAAAUAUAAUGUUUCAAUUGUCAGAAGUGCCAAAGACUUGAAGGUUAAGAUCAAACCUAGAAGUAGAAAAUAA